AUGAAUCUUAAGUUCAGACAGGCUGUAUUAAAAGCAAUACGAAAGCAAAUAGCAAAGAAGCCAAAAGACCCAAUUAUUGUGGAAGAAAAAAAUGAGAACAUUGAAUUCAACUAUGCGAAUAAAUCUGAAAAGAGAACCACAGCGUUGUAUUGUGAUGCAUACAUCAAAAAUAUGAAAAUUCCGUUAAUAAUUGAUUCUGGUUCUGCUGGAUGUAUAAUUUCCCUAAAGUUGCUUAAAGACCUGGAUAUGGAGAUAACAGGAGCAUGUAAAACAAUAAUCGUUAAUGUAAAUAGUGAAAAAAGAAGACCCUUAGAUAACACUAACAGAUAA